AUGUUAGCACGUCAGGGGACAAGCUUCCACCAGCUGGCUGUGCUGGGCGACGCUGACACCCUUUCAGCCGGAUGUGCCCGUGUUCUCUGUGAUCUGGCUCCACAAACACAAGGAGGCCUGCACUUAAUAAUUUAUUGUUCUAGAACAAGUCUGUUAACGGGUCAGAGCAGGAGGACAAGCAUCUGGCCAUCUGAAGAGGUUUUGGCUUACUACUGCCUCAAGCACAGGAAUGUAUUCAGGGACCUUGCUGUGUGUGAGCUAGGGGGUGGCAUGACAUGCUUGGCUGGGCUCAUGGUUGCUAUUUCUGCAGAUGUCAAAGAAGUUCUGUUAACUGAUGGGAAUGAAAAGGCCAUCAGAAACGUGAGAGACAUCAUCACAAGGAAUCAGAAGGCUGGUGCAUUUAAAACUCGGAAAAUAUCAAGCUGCGUUUUACGAUGGGAUAAUGAGACAGAUGUCUCUCAACUGGAAGGACAUUUUGACAUUGUUAUGUGUGCUGACUGCCUGUUUCUGGACCAGUACAGAGCCAGCCUUGUUGAUGCAAUAAAGAGAUUGCUCCAGCCCAGAGGGAAAGCAAUGGUAUUUGCCCCACGCCGAGGGAAUACUUUAAACCAGUUUUGCAAUCUAGCUGAAAAAGCUGAUUUCUCUAUCCAAAGACAUGAAAAUUAUGAUGAACACAUUUCAAACUUCCACUCCAAGUUGCAAAAGGAGAACCAGGACGUCUAUGAAGAAAACCUUCAUUACCCACUUCUACUUAUUUUAACCAAAAAUGGUUAGAAGAUUAAGCUGCUCAAAAGACGAAAACACCAAGUGCACAGGGCAUAUUGUCACAAAAACAGAAACCUGUGAUGGGUAUGAU